GCCGUGGAGAGGCAGAGCCGACGGGCGGCAAGGGAAACGCCGAGCCCCGCAGAGCAGCCUCACCGCACGUGCGCAACAUGUCUGCCACACACUUCAACAGGGGCCCAGCCUAUGGCAUGUCAGCUGAAGUCAAGAGUAAGCUUGCGCAGAAAUAUGAUCCCCAGCGGGAGCAUGAACUGAGGCAAUGGAUUGAGGAAGUGACAGGGAAGCGCAUCGGAGACAACUUCAUGGAAAGCUUGAAAGAUGGAGUCAUCCUGUGCGACCUCAUCAACAAACUCCAGCCUGGAUCAGUGAGGAAGGUGAAUGAGUCCACACAGAACUGGCACCAGCUGGAGAAUAUUGGCAAUUUCAUUAAGGCUAUCACAAGAUACGGAGUGAGGCCCCACGACAUCUUUGAAGCCAACGACCUCUUUGAGAACACAAACUACACCCAGGUCCAGUCUACACUGAUUGCUCUGGCUAGCAUGGCCAAGACAAAAGGCAACAAGGUGAAUAUCGGUGUGAAGUAUGCUGAGAAACAGCAGCGCAAAUUCCUGCCUGAAAAGCUGAAAGAAGGACGGAACAUCAUUGGGCUACAGAUGGGCACCAACAAGUUCGCCAGCCAGCAGGGCAUGACAGCAUAUGGCACACGUCGGCACCUUUAUGACCCCAAGUUGGGCACAGACCAACCUCUAGAUCAAGCCACAAUCAGUCUACAGAUGGGAACUAACAAGGGGGCUAGCCAGGCGGGCAUGACAGCUCCUGGAACCAAGCGGCAGAUCUUUGAACCCACCCUGGGCAUGGAGCACUGCGACACCCAGAACAUCUCCCUGCAGAUGGGCAGCAACAAAGGGGCUUCACAGCAGGGUAUGACUGUAUACGGGCUGCCCCGGCAGGUCUAUGACUCCAAGUAUUGCCUCACGCCCAACUAUCCCAGCAUUGGAGAUGAAGAAGACCAUUACAAUCACAGCCAUCAUAACUUCUACAACUCAGAGUAAACAGCAGGAAUCGUGGGACAGACACAGAACAGAGACACGGGCACUGCAGAGGCGCUUUCCAAAAAGAUCCACCAUCAAGUGGUUAUUUUAACUUGGGAAUAUCAGAAGAUCCAGACAGUUCCCCAAACUGCUAACCAGCUCGCUAGAGACUCCUUAAACCAUGCCAAAGCCAGGUCUCCCCUCCAAGCCUCUACCACUGCACCUUAAAAGCUUCACUUUGAUACCUUUCACGCUUUUACUUAUCAAAUACUGCCACUACUUUUAAGCAUGCACUGACGUGGCUCAAAUUCCUCAGGAUAGAAUGUCACAGUAAAAAGACCCAGUGUGGUGAAAGUAGGAACAAGGGAAUGAGCACCUUUGCUCUAUCUUC